CACAUAAUCAACAAGCUAUCAUAUUUUUCUUGUCAACCAUCCAUUAUCAUUGCUACCUUAUCCUUUUGUUUCUCUUGAUCCAAAUACAAAGUCACUUCCCACCUGUAACCUCAGUACUUCAAGAACCACAUCAGAGGAUAUAGAAAAAGAAAAUAAUGGCCACAGCCCCAGCAACAACUCCAUCUACAAUCACUGUUGUGGGAAGCUCCAAUGUUGGCAGCUCAAGGAGUAGGAAGAGUAAUGUGCACUUUAUUAGAGGGCUUAAUUCUUUUGGUGGGUUGAAGGCUCAGAACAAUGUGACAUCAUUAGGUAUUCCUGUGUGCACUGAACAAUCAUUUGCAAAGGUUGUGAGUUCCUUGAAAUAUCCAUCAAAGGGUAAGGGAAGAGGUGGAGGGGCUGCAUCUUCAACAUGCAAUGCUGCAGGUGAGAUUUUCCAGAUUGCAGCCAUCAUGAAUGGACUUGUUCUUGUUGGGGUUGCAGUAGGAUUUGUUCUUCUUCGAGUUGAAGCAACUGCGGAAGAAGCUGAGUGAGAAUUUCACAAACUUCGUCAGUUGAUUCAUAUAUCUAUAUAUAUCCUUGUCAGAAAACAAGUUGUAUCUUUCUUUAAUUCUUGAUAUGAUGUGGAACUAAAUUUUUUUUGGGUA